AUGAAGAACGAAGAAGAAAAUGGGCAGAUUCCCUUGGAGAAACUUUCAGAAAAAAACUGUGCGAGGUAUCGAAUGCCGUACAUCUGCCUGUCUCAUUUUGAAGAAGGAAAGCGAAGCAAAAAUAAAAUCCCUCGAAAUAUUCCACCGCGAGAAGUUUCUCAAGAGGAACUGGACCACUGGCUAUGGGGCGAAGAAGAAGGAAGGAUUUCAGAUGACAGUAGUGAACCUACUGAAGUUGAUUCUGUUUCAGAGGAAAGCGAUUUUCAACGUCCUGAUCAUGAAGGAGCCGAUCCAAUGGAAAUUGAUGACGUCGAUGAGGUGGAGAUAUCUGAAAAACCACAGCAAUAUAAUUUAAUUCUCUGCGAGAAAGAGAAGUUAGUAAAACUUCUUCAAAAGUGUUGGAAGUGCGAAACACAAAAAACAGAGAUGGGUAUCGUCUACCAUGGAUUGAAUAUGAACAUCUCGGUUUUUUGUGUCAGUUGCCAAAGAAGAUGGUAUUGGUCUAACACCAAGAAAUGUGAACGAGAGCAAUCUGGAUCGAACUCAAAGUUGUCCAGAAUUCAUAUAUUGCUGACAUCGGCUAUCAUAACAACUGGAAAUGGGUUUCAGGUAGAAAUAAGUUUACAAGACAGUUAUAAAAAAGUAUACAUGCAGAAUGUGAAACAGCUGUUUGACGUACUGAAAUCGCCAUUUUUCUUUGCUCGUACCUUCAAUAGGCUAAAGGAGAAGUACGUUUAUGAAGCCGUUAAUAUUCAAUACAAGAAGCAGGCAAAUGUUGUGAAAGAGCUUCUCUGCGAAACCACAGACAAUAAUGGAACACUAAACGUUAUGGGCGACGGCUCAUUUGACACCCCGGGACACAGUGCAUUAUAUUGCCGUUAUGUCAUAAUGGAGGCAGUUACGAAACUUGUUGUGGAAUAUGAGAUUUUUCGUCACAAGUCUGGAGAGAAGAAAGUGAAUAUAGAAACAGAGGCAUGCGAGAAAGCUUUCGAAAAUUUGAUGGUUACUUAUGAUUCGGCCAUCGAAUCGCUCACCACAGAUCGUAGUCAAAGUGUAGCCUCGAUGAUGGCAAACAACUUUCCAGAUGUCACCCACUACUUCGACAGCUGGCACUAUAUCAGAAGUCUAGCUUUGGAAAUCUUGAAACAGUUCCUUCCACUUAAGCCAUGGAUAAGAAGGUUCAUCAACCAUGUUUAUUGGUCCAUUCAGUCGUCUGGUGGACAUGACGAAAUGGCCAAGGAAAAGCUGUUGUCUUUUUUCAUGCAUGUGGCAGAUAUUCAUAAAGAUUUUCAGGAUUCUGGUUGGUAUGACUUCAAAAUAGUGAACUCUUGCGAGCACAAUGAAUCGGAUGACGUCAACAGAAAAAGACCAGAUUUUCUGGAUACCAAAAAUCCCCUGCACGUCAAAGCUCUGAAUGCUCUCUUAGCUGUCAUUGAGAAAGGGGACCGUUGUGAGGCAAUCGGAAGAGUAUCCCCGUAUUUCGCUACGAGCGCAGUCGAGUCCUUCAACGCGAGAGCUGGAAAAAUAGUUUUCAGCUCUCAAAAGGGGUUCAACAGUAGAACACAGCUCGCAGUGUUGGAUUGGAAUAGCAAACAGCUAGAUGAGCUCAACGGAAAACGCGUUGUAAUUGCUGAGAAAAGGUUCUUCAACAAGACCACUAAGCAAUGGUCGGUCCGAAAAGAGAAAACACCAGCUGACUAUUCAUUCAGAAAUGAAAUUGCUGAUAUUACUGUCGAGCUAUACAUUAAAGCUACACAUGCUGAUGAACUAGAAGACGAAGAUGAAGGCUCAGAUUGCGACGAGCAUGAGUUAGAUGAAGAGCUCUCAAAGGACGUAUUUGACGUAAAUAUAAAAUUCCAACUAACAGUAUGUGUCUUAUCCAAAUUACAGGUCGACGAUAUUUGGGCUCACUUGGGAAUGGCCGAUAGUGACGAAGAGGAAUCGGUGUUCGACGAAGAAGAGAAAGAAAAUGAGGAGGAAAAAGAAGACAGCGACAACAGUAUGAAAGACGGAGAAGGAAGGAAAAUGGAUGAUGAUGAGGAAGAAGAGAGAAACGAGAAAGAGGAAGAUGAAAUCGAAGAGACUAGAUUGAAGAAAAAGAAAAAAGUGCCAAAAAAGUAG